AGCAGCGAGGCGGGCCCAGCGGCGGCGGGGCGGGGGCGCGCGCCGUUCCCAUGGCAGCAGCGACCAACCGCCCCGCGCGGCCGCCAUGAGCGCGCCGGAGGUGGAGGCGGCCGUGGCCCGCAAGUACGAGAUCAAGAGGCGCUUGGGCAAGGGGGCUUAUGGCAUAGUAUGGAAAGCAAUCGAUCGCAGGACAGGAGAAAUAGUUGCUGUUAAAAAGAUUUUUGAUGCUUUCAGGAACAGAACAGAUGCUCAGAGAACGUUUCGGGAGAUUAUGUUCCUGCAGGAAUUUGGAGAACACCCAAAUAUCAUCAAACUGCUUGAUGUUAUCCGAGCUGAGAAUGACAAGGACAUCUACCUCAUCUUUGAGUCCAUGGAGACAGAUUUACAUGCUGUGAUUAAGAAGGGGAAUUUGCUGAAAGAUAUCCACAAGUGUUACAUUCUCUACCAACUCCUGAAGGCAACUAAAUUCAUCCACUCGGGAAACGUUAUUCACAGAGAUCAGAAGCCUUCCAACAUCUUGCUGGAUGCAGACUGCUUUGUUAAACUUUGUGAUUUUGGGCUGGCCCGCUCUUUGUGUCAGAUGAAUGAGGAUCAAGGCAACCCUUCCCUAACAGAGUAUGUGGCAACACGCUGGUACCGAGCCCCUGAGAUCUUGCUCUCCUGUCAGAGUUACACUAAAGGUGUAGACAUGUGGAGCAUUGGUUGUAUUCUGGGAGAGCUGCUGCUUGGGAAACCUCUUUUUCCUGGCACAUCAACAGUGAAUCAAAUCGAGCAGAUCUUGAGGGUCAUUCCUGCCCCAUCCCGAGAAGAUAUUUUGGCCAUGCAGUCGGAUUACAGAGCCUCAGUUAUUAACCACCUGAGCUCCCGGCAGCGAGUAACAUUUGAUGAGAUUUUACCACCCUCUACUCCACUGCUUGCCUUGGAUCUUCUCAAGAAACUCCUUGUAUUUAACCCUGAUAAACGACUCACAGCAGAGGAGGCUCUGCAGCAUCCUUAUGUGAAAAGGUUUCACUGUCCUGCCAGGGAGCCCUCUCUGGAUUACGAUGUGAUUCUUCCUCUAGGUGAUGACAUCCAGCUGUCUGUAGCAGAAUAUCGAAAUAAAUUAUAUGAGAUGAUCCUUGACAAAAAAUUAAACAGCCAUCCAAAAGAGCAAAUGCAGAGAGAAAACAUUCCACUAAGCCAGUCUGAAUCCAGGCCACUUCUUCCAGCUUCCACUUCUGUCACUUCACCCAGCAGGAAAGGCCAGAGAGAACCAACACAACCUCUUCCAAAAACUUUGCAUGUGCAUGCUGGAACUACAACUCCUGUCCAGCCAGAAGUGUCCAGCCAGGGUGAAGAUUUAGGAAGAACUCUAUGUCAGAGAUCAACGCUCAAUGUGAUAUACAACCCCAUAACACACACUGCUGUUCAAAGCAAUGCAAAUUCUGGUGCUGUGAUCAGAAACUGUUCUGCACCACCUUCUCAACAGCCCAGAAUCCACAACAACUGGAAACUGGGGAGACAAACCACAUGGGCAAACACUAAUGCUCGGCUCCCUCCUACAAGUGUGCAGAACCUUUAUAAUAAUCCAAGAAAUGUUCAGGUUCACAACAAAGAUGUUCGUCCCCUUCUGAAGCCCAGCAAAAAGAUGUUCCAGAUUACUGCAAACAUGGGAGCUGCUGGUGAUCCCAAAGCAUCAAUGGGGAGUUACUCCCAGGCCUAUGGAACCAUAUGUAAAUCUGCCCUGCAGAGCCUUCCAAUCCCACAGUCCUCCCAGCAACAUCAGCAAUGAGCCUGGAAGUGUUCUCACCAGUUUCAGGUGUGCUACUGCAUGUGGAUUUCUGUUGAGCAGAACAGGUAAUUCGCUGAAGACCCAGAAGAACAAACCCUUCACAAAUAAUCUUAAAGCCCUUCAUUUUGUUUUCCACUAAUUUCCAUGGCUGUCCUGGGGUAAAUGGACAGAACCAAUGGUGGCUUGUUUUAAUUCCAUAUUUACAUGUUUCUUUAUAUAUUCUAAACAUAUAUAUCUAAAAUUGCACAGAAAAGCGUUUGGAAUACAGGUGAGUUUGCUGCAGGAUUUAUUAGCUUACCUACCCUGUAAUAUUGUAAAUGUUGUAAAAAUAAAUACCUUCUAUUGCA